UGGGACUAAUGGUGGUGGCCAGGAGCGGGCUUUGGGACCUGAGGAGGGGCCGGGAGAGAGAUUUGACACCCAGGGGCUCUGAACUCUUGAAUCCAGACCCUGGGUGAAAGCAGGGUGACUGGCAGGGCUGGUUUUUCGGGAUCGGUCGAGGGAGGGGCCAGGGCCACGUGACUCUGAGUCUUAACACCCCCCCCCCCAUCGUCCCCACUUCCCCUUCUCCUUCCCGUACUGGAAUUGGAGCUGCCACCUCCGGGGGGUCCUCAGGCUGACAGCGUGGGCCUGGGGAAAGGGGACCCGAGGGAGGACUGACCCUCCAGCCGGCCGGGUGCGGGGGAGGGCGGCGCACAUGACUGUGCCUGUGCCUGAGUCUGUGCCUGAGGUCUCGGCUUCCCAAGGCUCCUGUCUGGUUCGCCUCUCUCGCUGCCUCCUCUGCACCCCGCUCCCUGCUGUGUGGGCUCAGCUCUGGGGGGAAGGGGCUCCUGGGGUCUCCAGGCUCAGGGUUUCCCCAUUCCAUCCACCCUCCCACUGCAACCCUCUCUACUUCAGCGGGGCUUGAGGUGGCUUUGGGGGGGCUGUCUGGGCCCCCGAGGGGGAGACCUGGGGUCACCGGGCCCGCCCACACCUCGAACUCGCUGGUACUGUCCCCCGUUAUCCCAGGCCUCUGUGUCUGUCUGGGAUGAGGAGGAGGAUGGUGCCAUCUUUACUGUCACCAGCCGCCAAUAUCGGCCUCGGGAUCCCAUGGCCCCCACGCCUCCGCCACGCUCCUCCCGGCGGCUCCGGGCUGGCACUUUGGAGGCCCUGGUCAGACACCUGCUGGACACCCGGAUGCCAGAGGCUGACGUGGCCUUCAUGUCCGCCUUCCUGGCCACCCACCGGGCCUUCACCUCCACAGCCACCCUGCUCGGGCUUGUGGCCGACAGGCUGGAAGCCCUCGAGGGCCUUUCCACUGAUGAGCUCGAGAGGACGGCAGGGGCAGCCAUCUCUGUCCUGUCCACCUGGUUGGCCUCCCACCCUGAGGAUUUGGGCUCUGAAGUCAAGGGUCAGCUUGACCGGCUUGAGAGCUUCUUGCUUCGGACAGGGUACGCGGCAGGGGAGGGUGUUGGGGCGUGCGGUGCUGACCUCAUCCGUCACCUCCGGUCCCGGGUGGACCCCCAGGCCCCCGACUUUCCUAAGCCCCCAGCCCUUCCCGGCGACCCCCCUGCUGACCCCACGGAUGUCCUGGUGUUCCUCGCUGACCACUUGGCUGAACAGCUGACCCUGCUAGAUGCGGAGCUCUUCCUCAAUCUGGUCCCCUCUCAGUGCUUGGGGGGCCUGUGGGGUCACAGAGACCGGCCGGGACAUUCCCACCUCUGCCCAUCUGUUCGAGCUACUGUCACACAGUUCAACAAGGUGGCAGGGGCAGUGGUCAGCUCUGUCCUCGGUGCCACUUCAACUGGAGAGGGGCCUGGGGAGGUGACUAUACGGCCACUCCGACCUCCGCAGAGGGCCCGGCUCCUGGAGAAGUGGAUCCGUGUGGCAGAGGAGUGCCGACUGCUGCGAAACUUCUCUUCCGUGUAUGCUGUGGUGUCGGCCCUGCAGUCCAGCCCCAUCCACAGGCUUCGGGCAGCCUGGGGGGAAGCAGCCAGGGACAGCCUCAGAGUCUUUUCCGACCUCUGCCAGACUUUCUCGGAGGAGGAUAAUUAUUCCCAGAGCCGGGAGCUCCUCCUGCAGGAAGCGAAUCUGGAGCCGAACUCCAAGAAGGCUCCCAGGCCUGGCUCCCGGGGCAGGGGAGUGGUCCCCUACCUUGGCACCUUCCUGAAGGACCUGGUGAUGCUGGAUGCGGCCUCCAAGGACGAGCUGGAGAACGGCUACAUCAAUUUUGACAAGCGGAGGAAGGAAUUUGCUGUACUUUCCGAGUUGCGGAGGCUCCAGAAUGAAUGUCGCGGCUACAACCUCCGACCUGACCCUGACAUCCAGCGGUGGCUCCGGGGGCUCCAGCCGCUGACCGAGGCUCAGAGUCACCGAGUGUCCUGUGAGGUGGAGCCGCCUGGUGCCAGUGACUCUCCGGCCUGUCGGGUGCUCCGGCCAACGCUGGUCAUCUCACAGUGGACAGAGGUUCUCAGCUCUGUCGGGGGCCCCUCCCACCUUGUGUCCUGGGACCAGCCCAGUGUGGGGGGAGACGAGAUGUGCGGAACCCCUGCCCCUCUGCUGACCCGGCUGGCCCAGCACAUGAAGUGGCCGUCUGUCUCGUCCCUGGACUCCACCCUGGAGGGCAGUCCCUCCCUGCACAGUGCGGCCGAGCCCCGCCUCCUCUCCCCCCCAGCCUCCUCCCCUAGGCCUAACCGAGGUCACCGACGCUCGGCCUCCUGUGGCUCGCCACUGAGCGGGGGCGCCGGCGAAGGGGCCUCCGGGGGGCCCGGGCACGGGCCGAGGGGCUCUGGGCCAGGGGCCUCUGACUGCCGAAUCAUCCGGGUGCAGAUGGAGCUGGGAGGGGAUGGCAGUGUCUACAAGAGCAUCUUGGUGACAAGCCAGGACAAAGCUCCAAGUGUUGUCAGUUGUGUCCUUAAGAAAAACAAUCGUGAUUCUGCAGUGGCUUCAGAUUUUGAGCUGGUCCAGCUGCUACCAGGGGAGCGAGAGCUGACUAUCCCGCCCUCAGCCAACGUCUUCUAUGCCAUGGAUGGCGUGUCCCACGAUUUCCUCCUGCGGCAGCGGCGAAGGCCCUCAACUGCCACACAGGGCUCUGCCAGCGGCCCCUCUGCCUCAGGAAUCCCCCCGAGUGAGGGAGGAGGGGGCUCCUUCCCCAGGAUCAAGGCCACGGGGAGGAAGAUCGCCCGGGCACUGUUCUGAGGAAGAAGGCCUGUUGGUCAUGGUGCUCAUACCAGAUGUGGGUGGCCAUCCUUCGUGGCGGCUGUUACAUCACACUGGGACAGAAACCCCACAAGGAGAUCCGCCACCCUGGGGCAGUGAAGUGCCACUUGUUUACCGGACCCUGGGGAGCUGAUAAUAUCGUAACCAGGUUGGGUACCUGUGUACAGCUCCCCACUUCUCGUGAGUCACGUGGCACACUGCUCAUGCUGGGUGGACCCAUUUCUGGGUCCUGGCACACCCUGGCAUGUGAAGGGCCACGGGAGGGCCUCGAGGUGCUGAGCCCCAGGGCAGAGAGGAAGGGCAAUAAGUAGGCUCUGAGGGGAGUUCCUUUCCCACUCCGGGGAGGUUCCUGUCACUGUGACAACACUAAGAUAAUAAACCAAAACGCUACCUGAGUCCUACUCCCCUGUCCUUGCAGUGCGGAUGAACUGGCUGCUAGGAGCAGGGCUGGAGAGGUGGCUGGAGGCUGAAGCCAUGGGGUCCAACGUUUCCUACUCCCAUGACAGGCGAAAAGAAAGGUGCUGGUGGAAAGGGUAAAAUGGUUUCCUUCGAACUGUUUACUCCCUCCCAGUAAGCUCCUCACCUCUGGCCUACUCAUUCCUAAGUUUUUCUCUACACUUGUUACUUACAUGAAGCAGCCGCCAUCAAAUUGAAGUGAUCAGUAUGAAGAACUGCUCUAUGGGGAAAUGUAAGAAACUUAGGACAAAUAAAUGCUGGGUGUGGUGACCCACACCUGUAGUCGUAGCACUUGGGAGGCUGGAGCAGGAGGAUUGCUGCAAGUUCAAGGCCAGCCUGGGCUACACAGUGAGACCCUGUCUCAAAAAAAGAUGACUUCGUGGAGAACAUUUAUCAACUUUGAGAGGAUUUUAAAUCAGGUUAAGCUAUAUUCAAGCAGGUCUGGGGAUUUAGCUCAGUAGCGUCGAGCCUGCCCUGCAAGUACAAGGUCCUAAGUUUGAUCCCCGGCACUGGGAGGAAAAGAAUGAAUCAAGCAAAUUUUAGGAAGACAGGCUGAAAAGAAGUAAAAGAAGCUGGGCAUGGUAGCGCAUCCCUGUAGUUUUAGUACUUAGAGGAGGCUAAGGCAGGAGGAUCACCUCGAGUUGGAGAUCAGCCCGGGGUCCAUACUGAGUUCAAGGCCAGCUUGUAAUACAAAGAGAGACCCUGUCUCAAAAAA